UUGAUUAUGUUUUAACAUUGUUGGAUAUUGAAUUGAUUAUUAUGUUUUAAGCUUGUUGGAUAUUGAAAUUAUUGACAAUGACAAUUAUUUAAUGUAGAAUGGGUAAGGGCAACACAGAAGGGACCUCCAAGCAAUUCAGGUGGACAAAACCGAUGGAACAUGUUUUCCUUGAAAUUCUAGCAGAGGAGGCUCGAAAAGGAAAUAAGCCUUCUAAUACUUUCAAAUCAGUUUCUAUUAAUCGAGUUGCCGACGCCAUUUCUUCUAGAUUCCAAGUCCAAUGCGAUACGAAGCACGUGGAAAAUCAUUUGAGGACAGUAAAAAACCAGUGGCAGAUUAUAUGCAAAAUUCGAGGUGAAAGUGGUUUUGGAUGAGAUGAUAACAUGAAAAUGAUCACAUGUGAUAGAGCGACAUACGAUGCAACAGUGAUGGCACACAAGAAGUAUGAACCAUUUUUGAAUAAAAGCAUUGAUCAUUAUGAUGAAAUGGCUGUGGUUGUUGGCAAAGAUAUGGCAACAGGGAGUUUUGCCAGAACAUUUGCUGACAUAGAUUUGGAUGAUGGUAAUGAAGAUUCAAUGCCUGUAGACUGCGACAAUGAAGAGGCUGAAGAGGUAAGAACAAAUGUAUCUUCAUCUGGCACAUCCAAACGUAAAAGAAAAAGUGGUCAAGAAAGUCUCGUUGAUGAACAAAUUAAAAUUGUGGGUGAGCAACUUGGCGAAAUUGCUAAUGCUUUGAAACAAUUUAUGCCGACAAGACAAAGACUGACUUUUACGAACAAGUGA